AUGAAGUCUGUUCUCUUUGCUCUGCUCCUUGCAGCUCUUAACAAGCUGACAACAGCUUGGGUCAGAAAACAUACUUAUAUUUCUAAUAAAAAGUCAUGGCAAGAAGCUCAGCAGGACUGCAGAAACAUUGAUGGAUAUCUUUCCACCAUUAACAGCCAAAUUGAAUAUAACAUAUUUAAGACUGAUGUAGGCAGUGAUAAAGAGGGUUGGAUUGGUCUGAACAUAAUUGGAUAUGCCACUGAAUGGACUUGGUCUGAUGGAAGCACGUCUGAUGGAACAUUCCAGAUGUGGAAAAGUGGACAACCAGACAAUGAUAACACAGCUGACUGUGUGAAGUUGAAAGAUGAUAAGUGGGAACAGCAUGACUGUGAUGAUAAUCACAAUUUUUUCUGCUAUAAAUGGGUUCCUAGUGUGACUCUGGUACCAAUAAAAAUGAGCUGGGAGAAUGCUCUGACACAUUGCAGGACCUACUACUCUGACCUUGCCAAUCUCACCACACCACGCGGCCUACUUGAUGCCAAAAACAAGACCACAACCAGUGUGUGGACAGGUCUGCGGUUCCUGGCUGGUUCAUGGUUUUGGGUUACUGGGGAGCCUCUAGGAAACGUGGACUCAUUGUCUUCAUGCCCUGCUCAACCCUAUCGCUGUGGAGCCCGAAACCCUGGAAAUGAUCAAUGGGAGAACAGAGACUGUGAGGAGACGCUUGACUUUCUCUGCAAUGAUAAAGUGUAAGAUAUAGUUAGACAUGAAGAGAGAGAGGACAUGGUCGAUCAGAUGGUAAAUCAAAUUCAAAUGUACUUAAUCUCUAGUUUUUUGUUACAUUAAUAUUUUGAACAUGGAUAAAACAGCAGAAUUUUCACAAGAUAUCAGUGUGUUUUGGUUGGCCUAUAGUGUACUGUGCAGCUUAUUAGAUAUAAUUUAUAGAUAAGUAGAUAUUAUUUAUAUAGCUAUAUUGUAUAUUAUAUUGUAAAGUAGGCAUAUUUUUAUAGUAUAUUAUUUUGUCCUAAAUAGAAAUGUAAGGGAUAAUGUACAUUUCACUUAAUUUCAGGGUCCUGAACACUAUGUUAAACAUGUCACCAUGAUAUCUGUAGAAACAGAACAAUUGUUUAUUCCUUUUUCCAAUUUAAAUAUUCCAAAAAUACCACCACCUCAAUAUAGCCAUUGGCUACUGUAUGCCUCCCUAAUGGCUUAUGAGCACUAACUAACUGUUUAACUAACUGUAACAUGUUUUCUACAGUAUUUGAUCUCAGCCUGGAUAUGUCUGUAUAUCUCCUUUAUAUUUUAAAGUAGCCCUUUAUAUUCUUAAGUAUAUCACAUUACUACCAUGAAACUUGGGGCACCUCUUUGAUCUUCUUUGUGAAUACUGUGUUUCUUGGCUUCCUCCCUUAUACAUUUGUAAGCUUAAAAUAAAUAAAAAAUCCCAAUUCGUGUAAUAUAAAUUAUUUUUGUUAUACUGUUAAAAUAUAGAUAACUAUUUUCUGUGAGUCACUUCUGUAACCCUUAAAUAG